CUCGGAAGCCUCGAAAUCCAAGGAGAUUCCGAGCCUAACCUAACCCCAAGCUCGCGCGGUUGGCAUCCCUCGACGUCACUUGACACGCGCUCGCUGCGCGCGCAUUGUUUGCACUCGCUCCCGAGGGGGAUCCGUCGAUAAACGGGAAACAGGUGUCUCGCGCGGCGAUACACAGAGGGCCGCGAGCGCGGUCCGGAGCACAGGGGGCGCCACGCGGCAUCCUUCGGUAGCUCUGGUUGCUCCCAUUCCCAGGCGGGGAUCAUCGUCGCCCGUCGCUGUUUUCUGUUGUGUUUUUUCGGGCCGCGACCGAGCCGUGCCGUGUCGUGCCGUGCCGUGUCGAGGUGGACAUGCCGUCGCGAUAACCGUCCGCGGGAAAGGGCUCAGCCGUCAGCGGGGGGCGUCGAGUCGGGGCGAUCGCUCUCUCCGACAGAGAGAGAAAAAGAGAGAGAAAGAGAGAGAGAGAGAGAGAGAGAGAUCCCAACACGCCGUCGUGUCCGUCGUUGUCCGUCGUUGGUGUCGCGUCGGCCGCGUGUAGGCAGGUGUAAUUUAAUAAGCGCGGACAGGCAGGCAAGGCAGGCAGGCAGGCAGGCUGGGGUGGCUGGCUCGGCGAUUUAACAGGAUAUCGAUUUGUCUGGCGCCGCUGUCGCCGCCGCCGCCACCACCGCCGCUGCCGCCGUCGUCGCUACUGCUGCUGCUGCUCAUCGAGCACGGCAUAGCACACGCAAAGUCAGGCGUUAUUACGGGGGACAGCCAUGGACGUCGAUAUUUUUGGGGCACAGCGGUGCCGUGCAGCUGUGCCGUGCGUCGCGGUGGCCGCGUGCCCGAUGGGCGACGAGAUGUGACGCGAGACGACCGCCCCGGCGACGAUUAUAUUCGCUUCCGUCACCGAGACAGGAGCGACUACGGAGGCCCGGAACGAUUACGGUUCGCGUACGAGAGGCGGGUGCCAGCUACGCUGCGAGGGAUCCGUUCGGUGUGUCGCCUCGUCGACGUGUACGGCGCCCUUCCGCUCUAGGAUCCCCCUGGUUUGGAUCAUACGCGACGCGUUGUAAGAGGAGAAAAAAAGAAGGAAGGAGAGAAAGAGGCAAUUACUCGGGAAACGAUGGAGCUCAGCGGUGCGGGAAUGCCCGUCGGGGCCGUCGCCUGCCCCGUGUGUACCUUGUACCUGCGCGAGGGCAUCAGUCUGCAGAAGCAUCUGGACACCCAUCCCAAGGAGCAGGUUAUAGAUGCUCUCAUCAAGGCUAGCACCUCCUCGAUUCAGACGCUUCAGCAGCAGCAACAGCAUCAUCAACAGCAGCAGCAGCAGCAACAAGCUACCCCGACAUCGCUACCGGUAUCGCUGCAACCGCAGGCUUCACCGCAAACCCCUACCUCUAUUCAGACGCCUCAAGCGUCGCCCCAAGUUUCGCAGAAUUCCGCUCACAUUUCCACUCAUUCGCCGUAUCCCAUAGGACCCAUCUUCGAAUGUCCGCCCAUAAAUACCAUGAUGCCACCGCAGUUCACGUCGUUCAGCUAUCAACAAUUUGUCAACAAUGGGACCAUGAUGAUACCGCAGUACACGAUGGCGCCGCAGGCCAAUCAGAUGAUGCAGAUGCUGUACAAUCCGUACGGUAUGUACCAGCAGCAACAAAUACCCACCGUCCAAAUGAUCUCACCGGUUGCAGCUAUCCCCGGCGCCGCGAGGAUUCGACCAGUGGUAACCAUGGCCGGAGAGAGCAACGUCAGAACCGCUCUGGCGAUUCCUGUAAAUAGUCCCGAGCCGAAGCAGAUCCUACCUGAGAUUUUGCCCGACACCGAGCCUGAAUCCGGGCAAGUUAUGCCGGAUGUCAACCUGCCGGCCUCGCCUGUGCUGCAGAACGAGGAUGUCUCCAUCAGACAGGAGGAGAGCGGCAGCAAUGCGUUGCCGAUCGAUCACAGAGGACAGCAGAUGCAAGGCACCGCGUCGUCUGGUGAAAGUACAGUGCAGCACGGGUACAAUACUAUUCCUAGAUCCAUCACGAUCGCUUGCGCCAUGAAUAAUACUGACGACGAUAAAGUGGAGAGUGUCCUACCGGAUAUGGAGGACGAGGAGCCAUCGAAUAACAUCUCCACCGUCGACCUGCAAUGUAAAUCUAUAACGUACGAACCUGAAGUACAACAGUUUGCGCAACAAGUUAUGCAAGAAGAAUACGUGAGUAUAUCCAGUAGGAAAACUAACGCAACGAAUGAUGUUGAUUCUAUGGCGUGCGAGCACGAAUCGGAGAUAAUGAGCGACGAGAGACCGGCGAGCCGCAACAGCAGUGUCAGUAUCAGCAAUAACGUUCCAUCGCCGCGAGAGCCAAUAACGAUAGACGCCUUGAAAGACUCUAUUCAACCCGAGCUUAAUUCGGUGGAGAAGUUGGAGAAUUUGAUAACGAUAAUGGAAACUGAACUUAAUAGUGCUUCGCUGCAAAAGGAAAAUAGUUUAUCGAAUGAUCGGGAGAGAUUAGAUACGAGGGAGAAAUCGGAUAGGGAAGAGACCGUGAUUCACGAUACCGUAGUGACAAUUCUAGGCUCUCACGAGAAGAAUCACAUAUUGCCUGAUAUACAAAAGGAUAACAACACAUGGUGCCCGAAUGAUUAUGUAGAUAACGAACUGAGAACGCUAGAGAAAACUUGUCGUUAUUUGUCAUACAAUACAGAGUGCCCGAAAGUAGAUGAAAACGAAUUGAAAACGCUAGAGAAAAAUUUACAUUUAUAUAAAUAUAAGCAUAGUUUUUCAGCACCCCCGUCUCCUGUCACGAGGAAGAAGUGCCACAAGAUCACACAUCAUUACAGCGCGCGAUCGGAGCUCGGAUCCUGCGAAAAUCUCAUCUCGUAUCACCAUCGUAUUGGCUUUGACGAGGACGAGGAUGAGAACAAGAACGAGGACGAUGACGAGAACGAGGACGAGGAGGAGGACGAGGAACUGGACGAGGACGAAAAGAUCGACGAGGAAGAUAAUUUCGACGAGGCGGACAUGGAGAUCGAGGAGAUUCCCAGUCCGCAUACGCCUUUCGCGGAAUGCGGCGUCAGAUCGCACACCCCAUUGUCCACGAUCAGUGGUAUUUCCGUGUUAAGAGUUAGAAAGGAUCUCAGCAAACCAUGCUCACCCACAUCCAUACAUUCGUUUCACCAUGUGGACAGUGAUAGCAUAAGUCACGACGAGGAUAGUAAUGGUGUAGAUAGUAAUAUUGUAGAUAAUAUUGCAGAGAAAGAUCCGAUUGACUGUUCCCAAAUUGAGGAGAAGAUUAAGACUGAUCAUCAGCAUCAGGAGGCGCGCGCGACGGUGUGCGAAAAUGUUGAGAAAGUUCAAGAAUCAAGUAAUAGUAAUAGUUAUGCAUACCAGCAGUCAGUGAUAACCGAGCACGUUAGUUCAUUUCCUGUGAUGCACUCGCAGCCACCUGUUUUGAUGCACGAGUCGUAUUCCGCGACGAGCAAGACGCAAAAUCUCUUGAACUUGUCCGAAUCGAUUAAUCCUACAACCAGCACUGAAUCCAAGAGCUUUCAUUCUACCAAAUCUACGUUGAUGCCGAAGCAAUCGAUGGAACUGCUCAACAUAAACGAGGACGCUCAUGCUGGACCGAUGAACGUCUUUGAAUUUGACGGACUACAAAUAUUAGUUCCUAGUACAUUUAUAAGCGAUUCGUCCCAGAAAGCGGUGAGUGCGACCAGCCAGCAAUCUAUGGCAAGUAGCGAGGGUGCAAUUGGUAUCGAUGAGGAAGUGAAGAGCAUUAAUAUGCGUGCCGAUGAGACCAUGCCGCCUAGAGGUGAACUGUCCGAACAAGAGAGUAAUGGAUGCACAGAGCCGUCUGCAUGGCAGUUUUACAUGGGUCAAGAAUCUUCGCGCAUGUCCACCUCUUACGAUCUGCUGGCACGAGAAAGCUGGGAGGAAUCGGAAGGAUCCGACAACGAGAUUAGCGGCCCGUUGUUGGAUAGUAGAUCGUUGGCCACGCACUUCACUUCGAGUCUGUUUCUGGACCGAGACCGGAAGACACCGACUAAACGGACGUUCAAGUGUUCUCACUGUAAUGAGGUAUUUGAUUGUCCAAAAGAACGCAGAGUUCACAGUACAACGGUACACAAGGAGGCAGUGCCUAGUAGCAGCAGAGAUCAACUGGAUCAGUCAGAGAUGAAGGACAUCAAGUUACUAGACAAUCGCGUAAAUGUGUUCGACGAUAUAUUUGUGCCGGGUCUACACAUGCAACAGAUGUAUCAUCAUCAACAACCGCUCCUGCACCAGCUACAGCCACCACCUUCGCAGCCUGGAUCGGAUGGUUUGACUAAGGCUGAAGCCGAUCAAAAGAUUGGCGAGAAUCUGGUGAUACCGUCGAGCAUCGAAGUGACCUGCGCGAUAUGCAGCCAACGAUUUAGCAGCGAGAAAUCUCUGCAGAUACAUCACCGGCGUAUGCACCUAGCUGAGGUGAACAAACGCAUACGCGAAAACGCCAAGUGCCAGAUAUGCAACGAGGAGUUCCCGUCAGUGUUGUUGUUCAACGCUCAUCUCAAGAUACACCCGUUGGAGUGCGGACAGUGCGGUAAGUAUUUUUAUCGAAAGCAGAACUUCAAGCUGCAUAUGAAACGACACUUGGGCAUCAAGCCGUUUCCGUGCACCGUGUGCGACAAGGCGUUUCUCACCAAGCAAAAACUGGACGAACAUACUAACGGCCACACCGGUAACGCGCCCGUCAAGUGUAGUUUGUGCAACGAGACUUUUCGCAGGUAUUCGAAUUUGACGCAGCACAAGAACCGGCAUCACCUCAACAUCAAGAAGAAACUCAAAGACUAUAUAUGCCAUUGCGGUGAAGUGUUCCACACGAAGAAGAAGCUCGCCUGGCACAAGGAGACGCACGACGAGAAGCCCAAGGCAUGCACGUAUUGUAACGAACGAUUCAUCCACAUGGCCAGUCUGACUCGUCACAUGCGUCGUGCUCACAAUCGCCGAUUCGUUCCUGACGCGCAGCGCGAGAGCGAGAACGUUGAGUGUCCCAUUUGCAAGUGCAUCUACCUACGAUCGUCGUUGGCGGUGCACAUGCGCGUCCACAACGGCGAACGACCGUACGAAUGUCAGGUCUGCUCCAAGGCGUUCAGCACCAAGUGGAAUCUACAGUUACACAAAUGGACGCACGCGGCUCGCAGCACCAAGCCGUUCAAGUGUAAUCAAUGUAGCGCUGCCUUUUAUCGUCACAGCGACUACACGGCGCACAUGAAUUCUCACCGUAACGUGCGUCCCUACACGUGCAAUUAUUGCGGCGCGCAGUUCAUUCGCAAGUACAACUGCCUGCGACACGUCAAGGAGCACGAGGAGAACAAGGCGUACACGUGCGACGUAUGCAACAAGACCUUCCAUCGCUCCUACUAUCUCAAGGAGCAUCUGCGGGUGCACUCGGGCGCGCGACCGUAUACGUGUCAUAUCUGCGGCAAAUCCAGCGGCACCAAGUCCAAUCACAACAAGCACGUGCGAAUCCAUCACGCGCGCGAGCCUGUAAAUACCGAAAAUUAAA